AAAAUAGAAUAAAUAUGAUUCUUACAUGUUUUACACGUAAUCACCAACCAGAGUGGCCUGGCCGCCAUUUUUAUACUUCUCUGUCCUCACAUGGUGGCUGGGGCUUCCUCCAUAUAUAAACCUCUAAACGAAAAACAACAACUCAAGAAGAAGACCCAUUUCUCUUCUUCUUCAUUUCUCCAUUUCUGAACUCAGAACCCUAAUUUCUUUCUGCCAUGAAAUCGCAAUCGGACGAUGUUCUUGCCAAUAGCAACAACAUCGACAAUGACGGGAAGUCCAAGAAAUCGAUCCCUCCAUACAUGAAGGCGAUCUCCGGUUCUUUUGGGGGAAUCGUAGAGGCUUGCUGUCUUCAGCCCAUUGACGUCAUCAAAACCCGGUUGCAGCUUGACCGAACCGGUAAUUACAAGGGAAUUUUUCACUGCGGUUCUACGGUUUGUCGUACGGAAGGUGUCCCUGCUCUGUGGAAGGGUUUAACCCCUUUCGCUACUCAUUUGACUCUCAAGUAUGCGCUUCGUAUGGGUUCUAAUGCUAUGCUUCAAUCCGCGUUUAAGGAUUCUGAAACUGGGAAGAUUAGUAAUCAUGGUCGGCUUCUCUCUGGGUUCGGAGCUGGGGUUCUUGAGGCACUUGUAAUUGUGACACCAUUUGAGGUGGUGAAAAUCAGAUUGCAGCAACAAAAAGGGCUGAGUACUGAUCUACUAAAGUACAAGGGUCCCAUACACUGUGCUCGUACAAUUAUUCGAGAAGAGGGUCUUCGUGGACUCUGGUCAGGUGCAGCCCCAACUGUUAUGCGCAAUGGGACUAACCAGGCUGCCAUGUUUACAGCAAAGAAUGCUUUUGAUGUCGUCUUGUGGAAGAAACACGAAGGAGAUGGCAAAGUCCUACUACCAUGGCAGUCUAUGAUAUCAGGAUUUCUGGCAGGUACAGCAGGUCCUGUCUGCACUGGGCCGUUCGAUGUUGUAAAAACAAGAUUAAUGGCACAAAGCCGAGAAGGAGGGAAUUUGAAGUACACAGGUAUGAUCCAUGCUAUCAAAACAAUUUACGCAGAGGAAGGGCUUCGUGCCUUAUGGAAAGGACUACUCCCUCGGCUGAUGAGGAUCCCACCUGGUCAGGCCAUUAUGUGGACUGUGGCUGAUCAAUUAACCGGUUUGUAUGAAAGGAGAUAUAUGGUCAAUGCAGCCUUGUAGCUGAGGUAAACAUAGAUUUCAUUAUCAUUCUAUUGAAUCAUUUUUGAAGGUCUUAUGGAUCAAUAAUCAAGUUUUGAUUUGAUUAACGUAGUAGAACAAUAACAAGACUUAGAAGAGAAGAGCAAGAGUAAUAUAUGCCUCUUACUAUGUGAUAUAUGAUUGCAGAAAGACUUUGGUGGAUACCAAUUUUUGUAACUGUAUCGAUGAAAUUGCCUAAUACAUUAGUUUGGUUUCUUAUUGUAUCCUAUUAGUUUUGAAGUCCAACUUUGAUUGUAUUGUAAUUGCAUGCCAUGAAGACUUUGCAUUUGCACCAACAUUUCAAUUACAUAUUUUUAAUA